GCGGCCACGUUGGGCAGCACAACCGUUCUGGAGACUGGGUGCUCGGCGGCCCAGCAGAGGGAGGGGGGCGGGGCGCGAGUUCCAUACUCGUGGGUCCGUUUCUUCCCUCCUGGCCAGCCGCGCUCUGCUCCCAUCUGCCUACGGGAAAGAGUCUCCGCACACGCGAGCACGCGCACUCGCAGCCUCAACCCUCGGCUCCGCCACCGGGAUGCAGUCUUCUGGGAACGGUUCUCCCCCAGCCCCCACCGGCUGACUUCCGGCCGGCAGCUCCGCAGCCCCUCCCCCUGAGGAUUCACCAAUCACGAUGCGCGUGUGGCUUGACUCAGAUCUAACUGGACUCUCGCUCCUGCUGGCUGGACAUGGAUGAUUUGGAGGAAGAUGUAAGGUUUAUUGUGGAUGAGACCUUGGACUUUGGGGGGCUGUCACCAUCUGACAGCCGUGAGGAGGAAGACAUAACAGUGUUGGUGACUCCAGAGAAACCACUUCGACGGGGCCUCUCCCACCGAAGUGACCCAAAUGCAGUGGCACCUGCCCCCCAGGGUGUGAGGCUCAGCCUAGGCCCCCUCAGCCCAGAGAAGCUGGAGGAGAUCCUCGAUGAGGCCAACCGGCUGGCCGCUCAGCUGGAGCAGUGUGCCCUGCAGGAUCGGGAGAGCGCAGGCGAGGGCCUGGGGCCUCGCCGAGUGAAGCCCAGUCCUCGGCGGGAGACUUUUGUGCUGAAGGACAGUCCUGUCCGAGACCUGCUGCCCACUGUGAACUCUUUGACGCGGAGCACCCCCUCCCCAAGCAGCCUGACGCCUCGACUCCGGAGCAAUGAUAGGAAGGGGUCAGUCAGGGCUCUCCGGGCUACAUCUGGAAAGAGGCCCUCCAACAUGAAGAGGGAGUCACCCACUUGCAAUCUGUUCCCCGCAUCCAAAAGCCCAGCAUCUUCUCCUCUUACCCGAUCGACUCCCCCAGUCCGGGGGAGAGCCGGGCCCAGUGGGAGAGCAGCAGCCAGCCCACCCACCCCCAUCAGAUCCGUCCUGGCCCCACAGCCUUCUACCAGCAACUCUCAACGCCUGCCCCGGCCACACGGAGCAGCUGCUAAAUCUUCCAGUCAACUGCCCAUUCCCUCGGCCAUCCCCAGGCCUGCCAGCCGAAUGCCACUCACCAGCCGGAGUGUGCCACCUGGCAGAGGUGCCCUACCUCCGGAUUCUCUGUCAACUCGAAAAGGGCUUCCAAGACCAAGCACUGCAGGACACAGAGUGCGGGAAAGUGGACACAAGGUUCCUGUUUCCCAGCGACUAAAUCUUCCUGUCAUGGGUGCCACUCGCAGCAAUCUGCAGCCCCCCAGGAAAGUGGCAGUCCCAGGACCUACCAGGUAAAGAGAUCAGGACAGCAAGCAAGACUUCAGUAGCAAACCACUACAGUCAGUACCUGGACUCGCCUCUACCCAGCAGACCCUGACUCCAGCAGAUUCUGGCCCAGGGACAGGAGGAAGAGAUGCCACCAGGGCUGGUCUCCCAGGAGUAGAGACCAUGGGAAAUGGGGUGGAUUAGGAUUGAGCUGGAGAAGACUUAAACUCUCUGGGUUGAAAGAAGAUUAGGGGAAAAGAGGUCACCUUCCAGCAGUGAAAUGAACAAAUAGAAGAUGAGAAGUACAGGCAAGUGGUUUGUCUUUAUCCACCCUCACUGUUGUGGUCAGCCCCAGAGAAUCUUAUCUUCUUCCUUGGCAUUGGUUCACUGGACAUUUCCAUGUGAGCGGCCUCCGUAGCUAACCUCCCUGCCCUCUGAGGAGCCAUCUUCCUGAAUCGCAUUCUCUACUGGACUCUGGCCUGCUUGGAGAGGUGGCAGCAGGCACCUGGUCUUCAGAAAUUGUUUCCUGUGAAUUCUGUGACUCCUAAUAGGCCAGUUUGUGAUAAGCUUACUCUAUGAGUCUUCAUUUUUCUAAAAUAAAGUGAAUGUAUUUUUA